UUUGUUUAUUGGGGAUGCAUAUAUCGGGAGGUGGAUAUGUGCAGAUGAAUCUGCACGAAACAAAAUGUGUGUUUUGUGACUGGUGAUUCCAUUACAUGUUCUCCAUUCUCUUAACUUUUCGUACACCGGAUUACUGUGUGCAUUGGUAAAUAAUUGCAGUGCAAUGGAUUGUUUGGAAGAACUUAAAAUACCUGCAUCUUACUGGUGCGCAACUGGAGAUGAAGAUAGUAUCCUUCUUGCGACAAAGCCUUGGUGCAGGGAGCUAAGUGAUCUGGGAACGCUGCCCACCUGGUUUCCACAACAUGACCAGCUCUCACCAGAGGAGGUGCAGUCGGCUGUCCGAGAACGACGCCCGCCUGACCCCAGCUGGACCUUUGUCAACCUCUGGACGAUCCCGAAGCCGGACGACAGGCCGAGCCUGCUGCCGCGACCGCAGCCAGAGUCGGCGCCGGACGUGCUCCGGCCCGACCCCGUGGACGCCACGUACUCGGCGCUGCUGCGGCAGGUGGCGCGAGACGGCUUCUGCGCCAGCUGGCGGGCCAUGGCGGCUCGCUACCCGGAUGUGUACCCGGCAGAGCUGGAGACGUACGGCCGCGAGCCGGCCGUCGUGGCGCCGAGUCGGUCGGCGGCGAAGCCGGCGCUGGCCGUGCUCGAGCUGAGCUCCGCCUUCGUCGUCGUCUCGCCGCACGCCGUGUUUACGCUGCGGCACGCGUCCGCCUUCACCGGCGGCCGCUUCGCCGACAACCCGAGCAAGGACGUGCUGGUGGACGACACGCUGUGGGUGCAGCUGCGGCCACGGCUACCGGGCUCGUUUGACGACAGCGAGCCGGAGGGGGACGGGGACGAGCUCAGCGCGUUGACGCAGGCAUGGGUGAGCCGGCGCGUCUCAAAUCUCUCGUACCUUUUGGCUCUGAACGCUCUGGCGGGCCGGCGCGCCGACGACCCGGCCUACCACCCGGUGGUGCCGUGGGUCAGCGACCUCAGCCGGCCCGACGGCCAGUGGCGCGACCUCAGCCGCAGCAAGUACCGGCUGAACAAGGGUGACGAGCAGCUGGACCAGCAGUACCGCGCUGGCGCCGCCGCCAGCGACCAGGUGGCGCACCACAUCUCGGACGUGCUCUCCGAGAUCACCUACUACGUGUACAUGGCACGUCGCACGCCCCGCUCGGUGCUCUGUCGCCACGUGCGGGCCCAGUGGGUGCCGGGCGAGUACCCGCCCUCACUGCUUCGCCUUCAGGCCUGGACCCCGGACGAAUGCAUUCCGCAGUUCUACACGGACCCCGGCGUGUUCAAGUCGAUCCAUCCCGACCUGGCCGACCUGGAGGUGCCCGAGUGGGCGGAGUCUCCCGAGAGUUUCAUCAGUCACCACCGGGCGGCGCUGGAGUCGGACCAGGUGUCGGCUCACCUGCACCACUGGAUUGACCUCACCUUCGGAUACAAGCUCACCGGACCUGCGGCCGUUCGCGCCAAAAACGUGUGCCGCCACCUGGCCGAGAGCGGUGACACCUUGCGGCGCCACGGUGUACUGCAACUGUUCGACACGCCCCACCCUCCGCGGCAGACGGCGCUGCCGUUCUUUAGGAAGACGCCGCCCGCGGAACAGGACCUGCUAGUUUCGUCUGGGCAGAGAGAUGGCGGGAGCGCGGUAGCGCCAGCUGACGAGCCGUGCCGCGAGACGGACGAGCCAGAGCCGCGCCAGCUGAUCCGCCUACCGGCGCACUACCGACCGACGGCGGCGCUUCGCGCGGCGCGCUCGCGACCUCUCCGCGUGGCUGUGUCUUCUGGCCGAGCUGUGCGCCUCUUCAGCCAGCGGCUGGCCUCGCUGCUGACCGAGCUCAGCGACGAGAGCCUGCUGCUGCUCGUGCCGCACGUCACCCACCUGCUGACGGCGCGCGCCACGUGCGUGCUGGCCGCCUGGCACGUGUUCAGCCCGGUGGCGGCGCGGCUGGGCCCGAUCACAUGCAAGUCAAUGAAGCUCUUCCACCGAAGCUUUCUGCUGCACGUGGCCGUUCGCCUCGGUCACGCCGCGUUCAUCGAACACUUCAUAUCGCCGCUGAUCGAGGCCGCCGGCGACCUGAUGCCAGACUUGAUACUCGACCUGUCCUGA